AAUCAUAUAUUCAAUAAAUAAUAAUGGUGUGGGUGCUACGGGCAUCUUCUUCUUACCGUGAUUGUAGUCUCGCUAGCUUGGCGAGAACUUCGUAUCAAUUGAUGGUAGGCCAGCCAUGAGCCCAGGCGCGAUUGCAAUAGAGAAAUUCGGUUCAUCAUCGCCCUUUACGAUACCUAAUCGCUUAUUCAAACCAGCACAUACCGUGAUUGAGUAGCGGUGAUGCUGGCCCAAGAACGGGAAUUGUGGGUUGCACGGGCCGAAAUUCUCAUGUUGACAAAAGCGCUGAGCAAGUUGUGAUCUUAUGCUCUUGUCGACAGAUGGGUCAUCCCAGAUACCACUGAUCAUCGCCACAGUUACCGCUCUUCCGCCGCGCAAGGAUCAUGGUGUCGCUCUGGCAAGACCUUGCGCCAUGGGAGGUUCCCACCGCCUUGGCGCUAAUUGUUCUCACAAUCUUGCUCAACGUCUACUUCACGCCCCUCGACGCGUUACCGAACUCCCUCAUCAAGACACACACUAGGCUCGGCCUGUUGCCUUCACAGACCAACCUGACCCCCCAGAAGAAGUCUCCAUCGGACAGCAGCAAGAUCACCCUGCGGAGUCUUUGGAUCUAUCCCCUCAAGUCAUGUCGCGGUAUUGAGCUGGCCAAAAGUCGCGUUCUCCCCACGGGCCUCGAGUUCGACAGGCUGUUCACCUUUGCGCAGCUACGCGGCGACGAGACGACGUGGCGGUUUCUGACGCAGAGAGAGGCACCUCUCUUGACCAACGUGUCAGUCGGGGUGUGGCUGCCCAAUUCUGCCGAUGGCUCCGGCGUGAUUGUCGUCAAGUUCCCUUGGAAGGAGAAGGGCUCAUCGGGAUGGCGGCAGCGCAUCAUGGAUGCGGUGAAUGGGGGGACGCACGAGAAGGUAUUCACUCUGCCCCUUGAUUUCCCCUCCAAGGCGGACAUUGAGGCCAAGGCGUACAAGUUUGAAGACGUCAAGAUCUGGAACGAAGUGACCACCGCACUGAACAUGAUCGCAGCGGUGCCACCUGAGCUGGAGAAGUAUCUCGGUAUGAAAACCCGCCUUGGUCUCUUCAGGGCGGACCCCUCAAACCAGAGAGAAGUAUUCAGAUGUGCGCCGAGGAAGGAAGACGUGGGGUAUCAGCCGAUUGUUGACUUCCAUGAUGCAUAUCCUCUCCAUCUCCUUAGCUUGGACAGUGUCCAGGACCUUGAGUCCAAGAUUGACGACGACACGUUCGACUCGCUUGACCCUCGACGAUUCCGGUCCAACAUGAUCAUGUCGGGGGGCAAGCCUUAUGAGGAAGAGCAGUGGACAUCUGUACGAUUUGGUUCUGCGGCCGACAAUGCUCAGUUCCAUGUGUCUUGCCGUACUGUCCGGUGUAAAAUGCCCAAUGUCGACCAGGACAAUGGGACCCGUCACCGCAACGAACCCGAUCGAUCACUGCGAAAGUUUCGAGACGUCGACAAAGGAUCGCCCAAAUAUGGCUGUUUAGGGAUGCAGCUAUGUCCCCUGUUUCCCGAGUCUCGUCAACCACGGGACCUUGAGUCGACGGUGCACGUCGGCAUGGAGGUAGUCCCUCUGAGCACUGGUGAUCACUUUUACAUACCCAUAUAGGCAUGGGCAGACGACCAGAAACGAAGCCACAUUGAGACAACUACAGUCCAAAAGCAAGUUGACCAACCCCUAAUCCUCCAAAAAGCAAGCCCGCUACGCUCCAUGCUGCCCCCAUAUAUUAAGAUACAUUCCCUCAUGUCUCAUGGUCAUUCCGUCUCUCAUCACUCGGCCCCUUAUCGCAAG